AAGAAAGAAAGAAAGAAAGAAAGAAAGAAAGAAAGAAAAGAAAGAAAGAAAGAAAGAAAGAAAGAAAGAAAGAAAGAAUAAAACGAAAAAAGAGGAGCUAUGUUGAAAAAGCAAACAAUUUAUGUGCAGGUGACAACAAAAGUUCUAAUGGGAGCAAUGGUUCUAAUGUCCUUAUCAUAGCUGCAGGAGCUGGCACUGGAGGUGUUGUUGUAGUCGGGAUCACAGUAGCCAUCAUCAUCGUCAUCCGAAAAAGAAAAAGAUCUACAAAAUCUGUCCCUGCCAGGUCUGAGGGUCGCCGAAGGAACGAGAUUGCAGACGAUUUUGAAGAGCACAUCAACACCUUCUACGGGGUGGCGGGGGAAAUGGUACACAUUGGGCACACCCAGGCUAGAAACGGGAACAGCCGGGACGCCAGUGACCAGUCCGUCGGCCAGAACAACGAGUACGUCAGAAUCCACAACGACGGCUCCCCAGCCGUGCACAGGCCUGUCCAUCCGCACGAGUGCUGUGCAGCAGACAGGUGCAGACACAGGGAGGAGGCAGCGGCAGGCCCGUCAGCUCCAGUCGAUGUUUACUCUUCUGUUGACGACAACAAGCGACGUAAGAACCCUUCACAUGGUAAUGAAAACGCGUCAGGUGCCAAGCCCCAGUACAAGAGGCCUGCGCUGGACUACUCCUCCGACCACGGGGAAGUCUACGCUUCUGUGGACAAGACGAAGGUGAAAAACACUCCACCUGUCAGGACUGCGAUAGAUGACGACGUCUACGCCUCGGUGGACAAAAAUAAGGGGAGAAAACCUGCUGGUGGAAAAAAGGACAAAAAGAAAUCCAAAGAAGUCCUUCACAUGGAUGGAAGGAAAGGAGCAUGCGCAGCCGCAGCGAUGGACGAUGAGAUAGUCAUGUACGAUAAUCCUUGUUUCCUAGAGGGCGCCGCAAACUUGGAAGAGACGGGUGAAAUUUAUAUCAACCUCGACGAAAAGAUUAAACUCUCCCAUCCUGAUGUGGAGGACGAGAGACAACAGAGAUUUGAGAACAUGGACACAGCUGAUGGUCCUCCCAGAUUGAAAUCGGCCGGCUCUCGAAAGGUUUCGCGGGAAAAUGUUGAGAUUAGAACUGAUGACUGAUUCGUAAAAAAAAAGGACAUCUUGUGAUGAUGACUUUGGACAGAAAGAAAAUUCAUGGCCAGCUGGGAGACAACUCUGUUGUCACAAUGUGACCUCAGCCGUGACCUGGGGUCUUUUAGGUCAAGUGAGUCGAGCUUGAAGAGGCCCUGACGGUUCAUAUUUGGAGAGCUUAAAUAGUGGUUCAAAUUAUAUAUUGAUACAGUAUCCCAAAACAAAAGAGACAACGAGAACCAUGUUAGCGAGUAAGAGGAAUGAACGUUUCUGUGGGUGUGGUAUAUUUGCUUGUCCUCGAACAAUUUCUUCAAAGACAAAAACAUACUCAUACUUCUUAAUGUUAGUCAUAGCCAGUGAAUAUUUGCCAUCAGUACUUUAAACAUUUGAACACACACUAUAUUAUAUUUAUCAAGUGUUACCUCUCUCAUAUUCCUGAUAUACCUUAUAUUCAAUAAAAAGGAUAAAUGUGU